AUGAGCGGCGAAAAGAAGAGUGUGCUGAUGGUUUGUCUUGGUAAGUAUCAGUUAUCUUCAAGAAUUUUUACGCAAAAAAUUCCUGCUGUUUUUUGUGUCUGUCUGAAUUGUCUUUCAUUGGCACGUACACUGUCCGAGUCCCAACUCUCAGAAAUGUGGCCUAGAAAACUCUUCCCUUGCACUUUGACAAUCUGUUAAUUCGGGUGAACGCUUCGCAACGUCUGAAGAUUCUGCCGAAUGCCAAAAAAAGAUCCCAUGGCUUAUGAGUUUUCUAGGCCACGCCGUUCCGUUUCUAGGCAUUUCUGCGAGUUGGGACUCGGACACGGAAUGUGGCAAUAAGAGGCGAUUCAGACGAGGGUUCCCCCUGCUCCCUUGUUAGUUGUACUGAACAACCUAUAAUUGAAAUUUUUCUUUACUACAGGUAAUAUUUGUCGAUCGCCAAUUGCCGAGGCGGUUUUUAUCGAUUGUUUGAAGAAGAGAGGAAAGGAAAAUGAGUGCGUUUUUAUUUGAGAAAAUGUUUUGUACAGGGCCGGCCCAGGCUUUCUUGCAAUAAUCCGAUCGUGCCCAAACUUUUCGGGCUUCUUGGACGAGGAUUGAAGCAUAUUGGCCCUGAGUUUCAGACCGAUCCGAUCGUCUGGUCCCUGUGGAUCAGAGGCCGAGAAGGCUGAGUUUUCGCGAAAACCUCGGGCCUCCGAUCCACAUAUCUCGGGACCAGAUAAUCCGAUCAGUCUGAAACUUGCAUCCAAUGUACUUCAAUCAAAGUCCACGAAGCCUGCAAAGUUUGGGUCCGAUCGGAUCCUGGCAAGUGGGUCAAAAGUCAAAAAGCCUGGGCCUGUCAAUCAAUUGCUCAUUUAUCUAAUUUUGAGAUGGCACGUGGAAAGCAGCGCGAUCAUCGGAUUUCACACGGGAAAACCGCCAGACAGCCGGGCGAUGGGCGCCCUCCUAAAAUAUGGAAUCCGCGGCUAUAAGCACAAAGCGAGAAUUGUACGUUGUUUUAAAAUGUUUGAACAAUUUCCAUAGGUCAACUGGAAAUGGGUCGUUGCCAAUAAAAAGUGAAUUUCAGACGACUCCCAACGACAUUCGAACAUUCGAUUACAUUUUCGGAAUGGACGACGAGAACAUGACGGAUUUGGCGGAAAUUGCGGAAAAGGUGCCGGAAACGGAGCGGAAAUCGAGGAUUCUGAUGCUCGGCGAGCAGGAUCCGAACGGCGAACGAGAGGUUCCCGAUCCGUACUACGAGUCCGGCAGCGCCCAAUUCGACGAGGUCCUGCAGCAGUGCGUCAAGUGUUGCGAAGCAUUUCUGGACAAAUAUUAUAAGUGA